AUUCGCUAACUCGGUCAUAGGCGGUUGGCACCGGGGAAGAGCGCUAUACCCCGCACACUAAUGUGCUAAACCCGCGGCUUCAUGUCCAAUGUUCCAGUUAUCGGUCCCCUGCUGCCCCUGGUAGCGGUGCUUAGCGGUGAUAAAGCAUAGAGUAGGCUUGCUAUCUUAAUUACAUGCACUCGACCACAUGACGGGGAGGCUGGUCGCGACAGGAACGACCUUGCUCAAGGACAAAAGGAUAUUUGCCAAUCUGACCGAUCAGACUACCUCCUCCUCCUCCUCCUUAUCUAGCCUCUCUCUCCUUCCUUUACGAUACAAUACAAUGCAUCGUAUAUCUGCAGCACGAAGCAUCUCCGCCCGCGCUGGCCGCACCGCAUCUCAACUCCGACACUCCACACAAGCUUCAAUACCCGCGGCGUCACCCAGAAUGACCUCCCGAGCAACCAGUGCUACGCGGCGCCUUGCUGCCACCGCAGCACACCUCCAGUCGCGAUCGUACUCCCUGCAGUCCACAGCCACCUCCUUCCCCAAAACUCAUGACAAAAUCUCACAGCCCCAAGACACCCCAUGGUUUAUCGACAAUGAGUUCAAGACGUCGAGCACCGACAAGUGGAUCGACUUACACGACCCGGCCACCAACAACCUCAUUACCCGAGUCCCUCAAUCCACCGAUGCCGAGUUGCAGGCCGCCGUCGACAGCGCCCAAAAGGCUUUCCCCGCAUGGAGGAACACGAGUGUCCUGGCGAGACAGCAGAUCAUGUUCAAGUUCGUGAACUUGGUCAGGGAGCAUUGGGAUCGCUUGGCUGCUAGCAUUACCUUGGAGCAGGGCAAGACCUUCGCCGAUGCCAAGGGUGAUGUGCUCAGAGGACUACAGGUUGCUGAAGCUGCGUGUGGCGCACCCGAGUUCCUGAAGGGCGAGGUCCUCGAGGUCGCCAAGGACAUGGAAACCAGGAGCUAUAGAGAGCCGUUGGGUGUCACCGCUGCCAUUUGUCCCUUCAACUUCCCCGCCAUGAUUCCCCUUUGGAGCAUCCCCCUAGCCACCGUCACCGGCAAUACUCUUAUUAUCAAGCCAUCUGAGCGGGAUCCAGGCGCCGCCAUAAUCCUCGCCGAGCUGGCCCAGAAGGCUGGCUUUCCUCCAGGUGUUGUUAACAUCGUCCACGGCGCCCACAAGACGGUGGAUUUCAUCCUGGACGCCCCCGAGAUCAAGGCUAUCAGCUUUGUCGGUGGUAACAAGGCUGGAGAGUACAUUUUCACCCGUGGGUCAGCCAAUGGCAAGCGUGUGCAGGCAAACCUCGGUGCCAAGAACCACGCAGCAGUUCUGCCUGAUGCCAACAAAAACCACUUCCUAAAUUCCAUUGCCGGCGCAGCAUUCGGUGCCGCUGGCCAGCGAUGCAUGGCUCUCAGCACCUUGGUCAUGGUUGGCGAGACCAAGGAAUGGCUACCAGAACUGGCAGAGCUCGCCAAGGGUCUCAAGGUCAAUGCCGGCUUUGAAGAGGGCGCAGACCUAGGUCCCGUCAUCUCGCCUCAGAGCAAGGAGAGGAUCGAGAGCCUCAUUGCGAGUGCAGAGAAGGAUGGUGCGACAAUCCUACUUGACGGCCGUGGCUUUAAGCCUGAGAAAUACCCAAACGGCAAUUGGGUAGGUCCGACCAUCAUUACCAACGUGACACCGCAAAUGAAAUGCUACACCGAAGAGAUAUUUGGUCCGGUGCUGGUCUGCCUGAAUGUUGAAACUCUCGACGAGGCCAUCGAGCUCAUCAACAAGAACGAGUAUGGCAACGGCACUGCUAUCUUCACCAAGUCUGGUGCCACGGCCCAGAAAUUCCAGAAGAAUAUCGAGGCUGGUCAGGUUGGUAUCAACGUACCAAUCCCUGUGCCUUUGCCCAUGUUCUCCUUCACUGGUAACAAGAAGAGUGUCGCAGGUGGCGGUGCAAGCACUUUCUAUGGACGUCCUGGUAUCAACUUUUACACCCAGUACAAGACGGUCACGUCCAUGUGGGCGAGCACUGAUGCUAUCGCGACAAAGGCCGAUGUUGCUAUGCCUACUCAUGACUAAGUACUGCCAACAUAUGGGAAUGGUUUGCAAUUCGAUAUGGCACAAUGUGUAUAUAAAUUUGCCAUGGUUCUUGUGCAUGCAAAAGUAUCGACUCCAGUAGGUACGGAAUUGAAAUGUCAAGCAAACAAGUCGUUUCGUAUAUCACCACAGGUUGACAAGCACAUUACUCGCAAUUGAAAUAACGUGCGAAAUGGACGGUGGGAUACUCCUGGGGGUCACCUUAAGCCCGUUCCGUUGUCUGCCAACCGUGUAAUAUAAAAAGGGAAUUCAACCAUGAAUAGAGCAAUACACUGAAAGUGCAUAAUGCAAGCAAGUAUUAAAGCAUCGAUCGUACCACUUUGUAGUAAAAUUGUUGGGUCUUGUUUGACAAUAAAGGUUUAAAUGAAAAGUUUAGUGUAACAAGAAAAAUAAAUAAGGACAAGUGCUGAC